AUGAUAGGUCCAAAGUCAAUAUUUUAGAUCCCGAUUUCAGAUUAUCAGAAUCAAACAAAUGAUGAUCUCGAAUGCUUAGAUGAUUACUAUUCGGAAUCUAUGCCCAAAGACGACAUAUCAACCUCCCAAUUCAUUUAUCACAAACCCAAUCAUAAACUAAAACUUAAGAAAAGAGUGAGAUUCAAUCUAGAUAUUGUCCUAUGCCAAUUUAGUAAGGAUGAACCCGCCCUUACUAUUUCAAAGCAAACCAAACAACUCAUUACAUCAAGGCCUAACUUAAUGUGGGUUAACCCAACAUUCUUUAACUUGAAAAAAAUAUGA